AAGGAUACCAUAUAAAGUAAUUACACAAUGGGGCAGCUUUGCCGACUGUGCCAAUAGGGAAGCAAAGGCAAGGCUGUUGCAGUUGUGGCUGACAAAAAUAGAACCUGAAAGGAACACCAGCCAAAAACCGCCUCCCAGAUGUCCUUCAUGAAAGCCACUGACCUCAACAAAGUAGUCAAAGAGCAUCAUGGGAGGAGCAGUGGUGGACGACGCACCUCCCGGGGUGAAGGCACCAGAUGGCGGCUGGGGGUGGGCAGUGUUGGCCGGGGGCUUCGUCAUUACUGGCUUCUCCUACGCCUUCCCCAAAGCUGUCAGCGUGUUCUUCAAGGAGCUGAUCCUAGAGUUCGAUGUGGGAUACAGCGACACUGCCUUGAUCUCAUCAAUACUGCUCGCCAUGCUGUACGGCUCAGGCCCUCUGUGCAGCGUGUUGGUGAACAGGUUUGGCUGUCGGCCGGUGAUGAUGGUCGGCGGACUCUUCGCCUCCCUGGGAAUGAUAUUGGCCUCCUUUGCCACAAGUAUCAUACACAUCUACCUUUGCACUGGAGUUAUUACAGGUCUGGGUCUGGCGUUGAACUUCCAGCCGUCUCUCAUCAUGCUGAAUCGCUACUUCAGCGAGAAGCGUCCUCUAGCCAAUGGCUUGGCGGCAGCAGGCAGCCCUGUGGCGCUGUGCUGCCUCUCCCCACUGGGACAGGUACUCCAGUACCACUAUGGCUGGAGGGGGGGGUUCCUCAUACUCGGGGGCCUACUUCUCAACUGCUGUGCCUGUGGGGCCCUCAUGAGGCCCCUGUUGCCCCCUGAGAAGGCCAAGAACCUGGAGGAAAGCAUUCCCACAGAGGAAAAGAAAAUCCAGCCGAAGAAGAAGCUGUUGGAUUUCAGCGUGUUCAAGGAUAGAGGUUUCAUCAUCUACACCCUUGCAGCGUCCAUCAUGGUGCUGGGCCUGUUCGUGCCCCCCGUGUUUGUGGUCAGCUACGCCAAAAGCCUUGGUUAUGAAGACACACAGUCUGCAUUGCUCCUCACCAUCCUGGGAUUUGUUGAUAUGUUCGCUCGACCUAUCUGUGGACUCAUAGCCGGCACGAAGUGGGUCCGACCCAGAACUGUGUACGUGUUGAGCUUCGCUAUGAUCUUCAACGGGUGCACCGAUCUCAUUGGAUCACAGGCAAAAGACUACGGUGGUCUGGUGAUCUUCUGCAUCUUCUUCGGCAUGUCGUACGGCAUGGUUGGAGCGCUGCAGUUCGAGGUCCUCAUGGCUGUCGUAGGGACGGAGAAGUUCUCCAGCGCCAUAGGCCUGGUGCUGCUGGUGGAAGCUAUCGCUGUUCUAGUGGGACCUCCUGGAGCAGGUCGCCUCCUGGACUACACCAAUGUCUACAUGUACGUCUUCCUGUUGGCGGGCUGUGAGGUCACACUGUCAGCUAUAGUCUUAGCCCUGGGCAACUUUUUCUGCAUUAAGAUAAAACACGGAGAGACAGAAGCUAAAUUGGAGAUGGCUGUGAAUGCUGCAGAGAAGGAGGGGCUGAAUCGCGGGGUGGAAGAGGAGGAAGACCAUGACGGCGAAGAGGAGCCAAAGGGAAAAGACAAUGGAAAAGUCUGCGCUUUAAAAGCAGGCGAGGAGGAGAUAACGGUGAUGGAGACGGGAGAGAAAGAGGAAGACAACACAUCGAUAUGAAGAAUAAGACUGAGGAAUGACAAACUGUUCACCAACAGGAAGUCAAAUGUUCUCAGGAGGAUCUGUUGCAAAACGCUGAGCUAGGAGCCACACAAAGGGAAAGGGUCUAAGUAUUGUAAGGUGAGAAAAUAUUGCCCUUUAAAUAACAAUCUAUUCUGAUAAUGAGUGUUUAUCAUCAACACGUGUUUUUGCCCUAUUCGGCUCUAAUGCAACAUUUGGAUGUGAUUCAAAAUGUGUAUUACUGUUAAUGAGUUCAAUGGAGAGUCUGAAACACAAUUCCUUUGGGCAUUAAAGGUCUCACUCACUCAACACCUUUUUUAAAUAAAUAUCUCAGUACUAGGCUCGGCUCAGACACAGAUUACAUUUAAGGACAAGGACAUUUAGUUUUCGUUUUUUGUACUUUUCUCAGCAGUUUUUUGCUGUUGUUUUACAGACAGAUGCUGUUUUCUUCAGAAUUCAAGCUGUUCCACCUUCCAUUUCCCUAAGGAUUCCAAAAAGGUUGACUAAAAAUGCCAGUCAACGUCCACUUACUAGCUCUUUUAUCAAGCUUUCAACAACUUCUCAUAGCUUUGGUCAACAGAUGGGGUUUGCUCAGCUGCCAUCAUAUGACCUACUGUAAGCUUUCUGUCUUUAGGGUAUACCAGCAGAGAUAUUAGGGUGUGAGCGGUUUGUGUGAUGCGAAACACAAACUGCAAUGGUCUCCGUUUUUGAUUGCAGACCACUUCUUUAACUUUCUACUGCAGUGGUGCCAGAUCUCGGUCCCAAAGAUGUGUUGAAUCUAAGAGCUGAGCGGCGUCAGUCAGAGGCUGAGCUGUAGCAGUUUACAGUGAGAGCUUUAAGUGGUUGCAAAAGCUGUGGUUCCAAGAUCAAAGUGGCUACAACGCAACCACACACACACAUAUAUACUGUAUGUCCCACAUUAUUUACCAGGCAUAAAAUGUAGAAUAAAGGCCUGUCAAGGUUCACGCUCACAAUUAAACAUUUAAAAGCAAAACAUUUCAUGCAACAUAUCAGCAAGUUUGGCCCAAAGUUGCUCCCAUAAUACCAGCUCAAAUGCUUACUAUCUCACAGCAGUGGAAAGACAAAGGUUAAUCAUGAUUUAUCACUGAUUAUCAUUGUGAUUAACACAGCACUAAUAAUGUUCCCUCUCCAGUCUCCAUUAUCAUUACGUAUUAAAAAACUGCCUAUAUUUACAAACGCCAGUCAAAAGAACUUGAACUGAAACACAGUUUAAAGCUUUCGAAGGCUUGUAGGUGGACAUUGCUUCAAAAAUAUAUUGUCAAGCUAAUAUAAAAAAUGAAUGUAUUUAUUGUCGUUUUAUGUUACAAUAGGAUAGCAACUCGCAUUUGAAAAUUGUUUGAACAACUAUUUAAAAAAGGGGCAGCUAAAUGUCAUACUGUAGCUGUUCACUAAUUGCUGCCAUGUUAAAGUCUUUUUUGUUUUGUUGUCACGUGACUGCUGAGAGCUACUACUGAGCUUUCUUCAUACGCUGCCUGAUACAUUUGUGUAGGAAACUUGAAUUGUCAGUCUGUGUUGGUGUUGUUUACUCAGCUGAUGAAUGUACGUCCUCGUAUGCCUUUACUACUGUUGAUGCUGCAAGUGUCCCUGGGCUGUGUUGGUAUGAUGUCCAAUGCUGGGAUCCAUGUGCUCUACUGUCUGUGUACUGUAUGUGUUCCAUUCAAUGUUAAAACACUUAGAGCAAGCAGGACCCUGUUGCUUGGUGAAGAAAUGGAACGCACCUGCUGCUUUUACACUGCUAUUUUUCUGAGUGAUGUCAAACACAAUCUAGGCAUGUGGUGCCUGAUUUUCCCAAAUAAAUAUAUAUUUUCUGUGGACAAAUGACUAAA